GGCGCGCCGCAGGGCCGGUUGGGAUUUGUAGUCCGCCUGUGAAAGGUUUGCUCGAUGAGGUGAUGCCGGAAGACAGAAAGCAGUGCUUUAUGCAGGCCGCACUGCUCCCCAGGAGAUGAGCAGUGUCGCCCGCGGGCAGGAGAGGAGCGUGUCGCUCCUCUGCCAGACCGACCGCGGCCCUCGGGCUGGGAGUGACCGGAGCUGCUGCCCCCGGUAUCGGCUCGGGGGGCCUUUCCCCCGGCGCGGCGGAACACGACGGGCCACCCCGGUUCUCGCCCGGACCGGUAGCGCUUAGUACCGGGCGCCGUCGGAACGCUUAUGGGGGCACCGGAAGGCGCUACAGCGUGUGGGUCCGGGGUAGCACCCAGUGAGUCCUGUCCGGUGGGCAGAGCGGCCCCUUCUCCCUCUGGAAUAUUCUCCGCUCCCUUCGCCCUCCCUCAGGGGAGUUUGGCUGUACGGAGCCGUCUGUAUCUCCCGGCGCAGCAGGACCGGGAACUGCGGAGUCAAAUCCAGGGCGAGCCGCCCACCUUCCCCCGGGCAUUGACAAAACAAAUAUGUUUCCUCUCAUAAAACGAUGCUGCUUCAACACACCUCUCAAUCUGCAGAAGUUAACUGGUCCCAGGCUGCUGCUCUACGGGAAGAAGACAACUUGGUCUUCCUUGGCACUCCGGCUGUGGAGAGAAACACAUCCUCUCUCAACAUCUCAGAGCCUCCAACCUGCAUCGGUUUACACAACCAAGCUCCAGGCUUUCCACACCUCUCUCCCCAUCUUCAAGAAGAAAACCCCUGCAGAAUCUGAGGCAGAAUCACAAAAGAAACUGGAAUCAUUGAAGGAUUCUCCCAGGCCAGCCCUUUACUUAAGCCUUGGGGGGCUCGUUCCCUUUGUGGCCGUGCCGCUGACCAUGGCCCUGCAGGGGACCUACUGGCCACAGCUGGCCUUUGCUCAGGUUGCCUAUGGAGCUGCAACAGUGUCAUUCCUAGGGGGAAUGAGGUGGGGGUUUACUCUCCCAGAAAACAGCCCAGCCAAGCCAGACUGGCUGAACCUGGCUAACAGCACAGUUCCUCCUCUGCUUGCCUGCCAAGCCUUGCUUUUCAAAGAUGUCACUCAGGGAGCAGUAAUGCUCAUGCUGGCCUUAGGGAUAGCACUGCAUUAUGACAUUUCCCUUCUUCCUACUUACCCCAGGUGGUUUAAAGUACUGAGGGUAGCGGGAACAGUGGUGAUGAUAUCAUCCCUGUUAGCCACUGUAGCACUGAAAGCUUUCUUAGAAGGGGAACAAAGUGAUGACAGAAAAAUAUAGUAGAACACAAAUUAAUAAAUCAGUAAGGAAAAGCUAUUAUUUGCCAAUAAAGUAUUUGUAUGGAGUUCCAGGAGAAAUAAAGACUGACUUGUGCUUAGAAGUUGUAUGAUGGCAGGGAUCAAGAUGUUUAUUCUUGAAGCAAAAUGAUUUUCCAACUGAUUUUGAAGCUAGUCCAGGAGGGAAAGGUUGUAAAUUGCAAUUACUUCCAAGGCAAAAAUGAAUCUGUCAUUAUCUGUAGAACAAGGAGUGACUCCUGAAUGAGAUGUUGCUGCUCUAGGAAUUUAGAAUGGAGAUUCAAAAUCACAUGGGUAUGAAUUGCUCUGUGCGGAAUUAUUAAAGCAUCUGGUUUGACUGUAAUGUGUGAUCAUGUUCUGAGGUGGGGAAAACAACAGUAACAAGGUGAAAGCAGUUCUAGUUUGGUGUUUAAAGAAGUAGCAGAGAAUUAUGAAAAAGCACAUUCUACUCAGUUGCUGUUGUGGAACAAGACUCCUAUUUCACUCCUAUUUUCAGAGAAGGUGCUGAAAAUCAUGGAAUGGUUUGGGUCAAAAGGGGCCUUAAAGAUCAUCUCGUUCCAAUCCCCUGCUGUAUACAGGGACACCUUCCACUAGAUCAGGUUGCUCAAAGCCCCAUCCAGCCUGGACACUUCCAGGUAUGCUGUGUGAGGGAGUGCUCAGUGCGGUGUCAGGUAAGGAAGGACCAGGUGAGCAUUGUUUGCAGUGGCAAGCCAAAGUCAGCACUCACCUGAAAUGUGUUAAUCAGCUGCUGUGCUGGAGUGGGGAAAAACUGAAGUGGGAGCUUUGUAUCCCUGCCAAGUUGUCACAGGAGAUGGAAGGUCAAAUUCCUGCUCAGGCUUACUGAAAUUAUAAAGGCUGUUUGGGCCACCUGUUCCUAGGUUUUGUUUGGAUUUAGGGCUGCCUGGCAAAAAAAGCUGCAUGCAACACAGCCAUAAAUAUCUGCCACACUCCUAAAUUAAAGGACUGUUAACUUAUGCUAUGACACAAGGACUCAAGUGCUGGCAUUAAGGGAUCAGAUAAUGGGACUUAAAGUAGCUUGUCUUCUUCUUCCUAAAAAUCCAUAUAUAUGGACAGAUACCAAUGGACUUGUAGCCUGCAAACCCUCCAUGAUGGGUCUAUUACUGAAACCACUGCAGAAGCAUAUGCUCUGUGUACUUAAUUCUUCCUAGCACAUCAUUUAGUGGAACUGUGGAAGAUACAACCUAAGUCACAUGGAUUUUCUUUUUUUGUGUCAGCUACCUCAAGAAACCUAGGAAAUGGAAUAUCAGCAUAUUUCUUGUAAGCUUUUUAUCAGAAGUACUUAAGUACAGUAUAAGAUGCAGGAAGAAAGCUGAAAAUGACAUCCACACUUGGUCUUAGGACCAGAUAAUUCUCAUAGUUCUGUUAAAGCAGUAUUCUUCAUUGUUGUUCUACACCAAAUAAAGCACAUGUUGUCCCUUAAAA